AUGCUCUAUCUAUCUUGGACACCAGUUAUUUUAUCGGCUGUAAUCAUUACUGCAACUUGUCAGACUUUUCAGUACAGCCGCGGCUGGACUAACGGCAAGCGCGAUAUCGCUCCGAUUGGCUUCAAUAGUCAGGAUUUUAAGCCUGAUAAUUUUGAAACUAACAGUAUUAUUAGUAAUGAUAAUUUGCAUAAUAAUGACGGAACAGUUCAGUGCAAUUUGAGGAAAAUUAAAGUCCUUUUACAGGGAGAUCGCCGGGAACAGAUUUACUUGUGCAGACUGCUGGAAAUUCUCUCAAAAAUAAACAAAGAAGAUAAAUUACCCAUCCAUUAUCGACAUCCUAUUUUUGAGGCCAACGAUAUUGAUAAUUAA